AACUCGGUGAAUCGUCUUUUCUACAAGUAUCAUACGCCAAAGGAAGGCACUAUCAUAUCAGCGUUGAAAGCAUGUACAAGAUUAAUUUCCCUUAACAAUAAGAAUGAUACAACACAAUUGGUUCCAAUAAAUCGGAUCGAAGGAGAUUUGUCAAAAUAUUGGAUUGAGACGCCAGAAUGUCCAUCUUAUACCGUUAGUGAAGUCCUGGAAGUUGCAAGUUACAUUUUUGAAAGCUUGGACCCAAGCAGAAAGACAAUUCCUAUUUGCAAUGCAUACAUCAGGGUAUUCGGUAGCGCCAAAAGGAUAGAUUUAGCGUUUGCUUUUUUUAAUCAAAUGCGAAGGAGUAAUUCUCGAAGACCUAAUGUUUACACUUAUAAGGCGCUGAUAAGUUGCUGUGUGGAUGCAUUGGACCUUGAAAGCGCCUAUGCGGUAAUUGAAGAUUCGACGAAAUUAGUUCUUCAGGAUGCAAAAGAUACAUCAAAUUGGUUUUACCAUGCGAGAAAUCUAGGGCUUGGAAUGAUCGUAGCCAAAUGUCUCGCGAUCAGCUAUCUGAUCAUCUCGAGGGACCUCGAUCUUUUGGAACCUUUGGGAGGUAUUGAAAUUGAUAAAAUUGCAAUUGCGGGAAUUGGAAUAGGAACAAUUCUGUGUGCACGGGUCGCGAUGCUGAGACUUUUUGAACCUCAGAUGGAGACACCGCGACAAACUCAUGAUCUAUACUCGGCGUCGAUAUCGCAUAAUGAAUUUCUUAAGAUGUCAUCACAAGAAAUUCGUAAUUACAUGUAUAGUUACCUAAUUUUCCGACUGUUGUUUAAGUCACACUUUAACGAAGCUUUGGUGGUG